UGUCCAGACAAAUACAGCAAAGAAAACCCAAGUCAGUUUAUUUUAUCUCCUGAAAAAAUUCCCUUUACUUUCUUCAAUUCAUUAUGGCUUUGCUUUAUUCAGUGCUUAUGGUUCGACCCAGUUAAUAUUUGGUUAUUUAGGAGACGCUUUAAAAAAAGGAGGAGUAAAAACUCUAAAAAAUAAUGCGAGUAGUUUUUUGCUUCGUUUACUCGUUUACGGAGUAACUGUUUAUUUGCACGUUGCGAUUGGUAUUUGGCUCGAAGAACUUUAUACUUCUCAUUUACGAAAAAAAUUAACUAGAAUAUUUUUGUCCGCCGACUUCAAUCAAGCCCAAAAAGAAGGAUUUAUUCUAUCGCGUUUUGAUGGUGAUACGACCACGAUUGGAACUCAACGACAAUUUGCUAAUAACUUACGGAAAAACUAUAAAUUUGUGCUUACUAAAAGUGUUUAUGCUACUAUUCCUAGUUAUAUUUUAGUUCGUUUUAUCCCUUUUCUUUUUUUAGUCAUUGGUUCCAUUGGCGGACAAGCAAGCGGAGCCGUUUUAUACGCUAAAUUAGCCAGCAUUUUUGGGGACUCUUAUGGGGGCUACGAGAGUUUUAGUUCCAGCCGGAAAAGACUAAAUGAGACUUUGGCUAGUUUAGAGAAAUACCAGACUUCCGUUCCUUCUAUCGACUACUUGCCAGCCAACGGAAAUAAUAUUAUUUUUCAGCAAGUUCAUUUUACUUACCCCCGAACCAAGAAAAAAAUCCUAGAUAAUUUUUCUUUCAAUUUUCAAAAGGGAAGGAAAUACUUAAUUACUGGACCAAACGGAAUAGGAAAAAUAGUCUAUUUGGCUAAUCAUCCUUAUUUUUUUAAUACUAGUUUGGGCAAUAAUAUAGUUUACCCCGAGACUUAUCAGGAAAACCUUCAUCGAGAAGCAUUAGAAGUAACGGCCCAAAAAUUAGGGAUUAGGGAAUUUAUUGACCACUUACCUUAUCGACAGAAUCUUUCGGCCGGACAAAAACAAUUAGUUAGUUUAAUGCGAGCCUUGAUUAGAGAUUACGAAAUUUACCUUUUUGACGAAUUUUUAAGUAAUGUUAAUCCCAACCUUAAAAAGCAUAUCCAAAAAGUAGUUUUUUCCGAAUUAAAAAAUAAGACAAUUAUAGUUAUCAGCCACGAGAAAGAAGGGUGGGGUUACGAAGGGGAAAUAUACGAGUUUACCCCACAAAAAUUGUUAAG